AGACUUCAGCAUCAUACGAGGCAGCGUACAAGACAUAGAAGUCUUUGCAUCACAAAGAAAGACAGGAAAGACACUGGCAGACAUAGCCAUUAGUUCGUGGGUUCGCUCAUAAUCUUACGAGGCAGCGUAUAAGACACAGGAGUGUUUACAUCACGAAAGAAGGCAAAACAGACACAAGCAGACAUAGUUCAUGGCUUCGCUUAUGCGUCUUCAUUGGCGGAGUUUACGAGUUGGGGUCAGACAGACUUCAGCAUCUCAAGAGGCAGCGCGUACAAGACAUAUAGAAGUGUUUGCAUCACAAAGGAAGACAGGAAAGACACUGGCUGACUUCGCUAUUGUUUGUUGGAUUCGCGCAUGCGCCUUGAAGGGCGGAGUUUACAAGUGCACCCUCCAAAUGGCGAACAAUAAAAAGACCAGAGGACUUUGGGAACUACGCAUUUCUCUCCGUGAAUUCUCUCGCGAGAUUCGACGACGGAGUCGACUCGACCCCUCCCGCCCUGGACCGGAUUAAUUUCUUUUUAUAUUUUUAGCCUGUGGUGCUUCCUCGGGAUUUAUUUCUGCCCCGAAGGGUUUACACAAACCCUCCAUGACAACUGAGGACUGAGCAGUAACAUGAGAAUCGAGAUGCACGCUCAGCGCUGUCCAGUAGCUAAACUGUUGGCUGAAAACCAGAAGAAUGCCGGCAACCUCGGAAGACAUGGAACUCACUCCUCCUCCGGCCUCUCGUUCAGCCAGUUUCCCUCAAAGCAGUGUCAUGGAAUAAAGAGCAUCCUGGCCGAUAAAGAUGAUGUGCGCGUACCCAUCCAGCACCAGGCGCCCCAGAAGAAGGGCAAGAAGUCGCUUUUCCAAAACCUCCAGAAAGAAGAGCGAUGGAGCAAGGCUGGCAACGCCAACAAAGCCUUGUUGUACGACAAGGACAAAGUCCCUCAGAGGGGACCACCUCCUCAUUCUCAGGCUAAAGUCUUCAACGAGAACUGUUCCAUUCACGGUGCUCUCACACGUACUACAGGGUCCCGGCAACUCACCAUACCCAAGGGCAUAAACUAUCCGCUACCAAGUUACAUAGACAGCAGACAGAUGACGAACGCAGAGCGACUGAAAAAUUGGAGGCGAAGCUCCUUAAACUUGGCCCUCAACCACCACCACCAGCCCCUGAGUGCUUCCUCCAAGGGCCCGGAGAAGGCGUCUUCAACGUCGUACCCAUUGUCAAACCGCCAUCACGUGGGUUCACAACCCCCCAUCAACUCUUUCUCAGCACGCACACCAACAACUACACCGUCUCCGGGGGCAAUGGCGAAGAAGUGCCCGCACGAAGAAUUCCAGUGUUCGCGGCCGCAGAUCCCGACUGACCGCUCUUUCUACCCUGUCGGGCACGUCCAGUCACCGGUGGAUAAUAAGAACUCUCAGAAAUUCCUGGGACUGCAGAAUCUCUCAGCCAGUAAGAAGGUCAUGCCUGGCCUGGUCACAGACUACACUAACAGAAACAUGGGAGUCUCUUUCUGAUGUUCAGUUACGGACAACCAGUGGUACAUAGAGGAAGAGGAAUGCUUUCUGUACUAUACCCAAUACUCGCGGGUCAGUUACACACCAGUUGGCUAUGGCUACGUUCCAAUGAACUUCUGACUUUAGCUCGUGACAGCUUGUCUGUCUCAAGAACUUUUAGUGCUUUAAGCAGAUUGAUAAUAACAACUCUUGAACGUCAAUGUUCAUACUUCCACCCUUCAGUGUAUGAUAUCGGCAUUUAUUUAAUGAGACCAAUGCAUGGGAAAUGUCUAGCCUUAGUAAUUGAUAUCUAAGCUUGUAUAGCUAAGCUUAUGACUAGUUCAAAUCUGUGUGGAUUCCCCCACCCCCCCUCUUAUUCUGUCUCUGUCCAAGAGGGAUGUUGUCAGAGUAUUAAUGAUAUCUACAGGGCACCUAGGCCAAUGCAACAUGCACCGUCAGUCGCAUACCUUAGACUGCAAAUGUCGUCUGAUAUCAAAUUCACCCAACCAAGUAAUAAAGUCAAUGUUCCUCGACCAUUCAGUGGUUUGAGUCCACCUAGUGGCAGAUUGUUUGUCUUUACAAAUUUUCCUUUGAUGUUCAUUCUGAGGUGAAUUGAAUUUUAAACCACAUUUACAGUCUUAGGUUCGCAAGUAUAAAAAAUGUCGCAGUGUAUGUGACAAGAAUUCAUAUACCAUUAAUAGUAAGUUUAUUAUUAGAGCAGAAUUUUAUAGAUAGAAGGAUUCUGUGGGCCAUUUCAGUAGGU